AUGAAAUGGAAAAUGGCAACAGGGGUACUGUGCGACAAGAAAGUCCCUGUUCGACUGAAGUCGAAGAUCUACAGGACGGUUGUGCGUCCUGUUGCCCUUUACGGAUGCGAGUGCUGGCCGACAACGAAAGCCUUGGAAAGAGUGCUGCACGCUAUGGAGAUGCGGAUGUUGAGGUGGACGAUAGGUGUAACGCUAAAAGAGAAAGUAUCCAACGACACUGUACGUUCCAUCUUCGGCGUCGUCCCGAUAACUGAGAAGAUGAAGGAGGCGCGACUGAGAUGGUUUGGUCACGUCUUGCGGCGGGAGGAAGAUUCUGUUGCCAAAACCGCUCUGAAGCUCGACGUUUCAGGAGUGAGGCUGCGUGGGAGGCCAAAGAUUCGCUGGUUAGACCGUGUGAAGCUGGAUAUGAUAGAUGCACGUUUGUGUACGGCUGAUGCAAUGGACAGAACCAAAUGGAAGACAAGAAGCAGAAAAGCGGACCCUGCAACAACGCGGGACAAACGCUAG